UAUUUAGUUCGAUUUAAAUAAAAAUAAUCAUUUUUUUGAUUCUCAAUAUUUCGUACGGACGUGUAUUUGAAACUGGCCCUAGAUGUCGCGUAACCAACACUUCCGUACGUCUGAAAUGUGUAUUCUGCUAGUGUCGACCUACAAUUUUUGAUAGAAAAAAUAUUUGCCAAUGAUUUGGAAAAAAUAUUUGUGAGCGAGCCAUACGUUCUCCAAAAAAUUAGGAUCAUAAAUCACAUUUUAAAAUGCAUCGAACAAUGUUUUUCAAGAAAUUCUUGAUGCCGUGUGGGCUAUGUGCUGCGGUGCCAGCAAUGAAACCUCCGACACCCCCGGAUGAGAAAACUACACCGUGUAAUAAUGAAACAAAGGGAAAAAAAUUAAUAAAACCAUCAGAACUACCCAUUUAUGUUGAUGAUGGGUUUAAUGCUAAGGAGAUGCCAUGCAUACAGCAGCAACAAGAACAUCCUUCCGUUGUGGAAGAGAACAUUAGGAAAGUACGCCAAACAGUGGGUGAGAUAAAGCUAACAUUGGAUAGGGUUUCAAAUGAUGUGUCGAAUACAUUUGAGAAUGUUAAAUUUAUAAUCGAUUACCUACAAGAUGAAGCAAACCUCAUGCCUCGAAUAGGAGCCGUCGGCAUAGGUGGUUUAUCUGGAUUAAUACUGGGUCUCAGAGGGGGCAUCUUAAAAAAACUGUUCUAUACGACUACAGGUGCCAGCGUCGUCGGGUGCAUUUGUUUCCCGAAAGAAGCAAGAGAAGCUUUGAAUACAGUGGAACAUUAUGGAAAUAUUAGUUACAAUUUUAUAUAUGGUGUGAAACCAGGAGACACCAAAAAGGAAAUUUCAUUAAAUGAAUUUCCAAUGCUAAAAAGCAUGGUCGAGUCAGAAUACUUUCGUAUGUUAACUCGACCUUUCGAACAGAAAUCGUCAAAUGCUCCAACUGAAAAGACGGAGGAAAUUUCGACUACGAAGAAAUCAGAGAAGGAAAAGGUAUAAAUCAAUGAAUUCAGUAGUUAAUGUAUAUUUUGUAACCGAUGUGUAAAAUAUAAAUUAUAUCGAGUGAAUGUAUGAAUAAAAAUUAAGAAAAGUAAUAUGAAUUAUUAUUAAACGUGAGAAGCCGGUAAAAAAUCUAUGUAGCGAUACAUUAUUUAUCGAGGCGACGCUACUAUCAAAACGCGACAAGCAUCUCGUUAAUAUUUUAAUUCGCAACUCUAAGUAAAGCGCGAGCUGGAAUAAUCUUGUAAUGCAAUGCAAUUUGUCUGCAUAAUUCUCAACACUAAAUGGAACCGCGAUUGUCCAAGACGUUCGGGCGGCAGUGUGCUCUAGUCCCACUCCGAUUGCUGUUAACCUGAAAAGACUUUAACAAUAUUUAUCAGUAUAAAGAAAUGUGGAAUGUACACAUUGUGUAUACAUAAAUAUAAUCUAUGAUUUACGAAAAUCAUUAGUCUUUUUUUUAAACGGAAUAUUAUAAGGAGUAUAAGAGAACUGAUGAUGUCGUAAAUCAUUUGACACUUGACACAUUAACUUGCGUGUUACGAAAUGUUCGUAUCUGUAAAACGACGUGUAAAAUAAAUAAACGAUAAGCAUG